AUGUCUUCUGCCUCGAACGGAUUCGUGAGCUUCUACUCAGCUAUCCGCUCGUUUCGAGUAUGCUCUGCCGUCACGCGGUGGAGUCAUGGUGCUAAUUGGAGGUCACCUUCUAGUCUCCGUGCUCAAAGCAGGAUCACUACUCCAAUGAUUGAGAAAUUUGAGCAGAAAUUCACCACCAUUGCUUCUGAACAUGCCUACAAGGGUAUCUUAACAACUCUCCCUAAGCCUGGUGGUGGAGAGUAUGGAAAGUUCUACUCCUUACCAGCUUUAAACGAUCCAAGAACCGAUAGGUUACCGUACUCCGUUCGGAUACUACUGGAAUCAGCUAUUCGCAAUUGUGACAACUUUCACAUCACAAAGGAUGAUGUUGAGAAAAUAAUGGAUUGGGAGAAUACAUCUCCUAAGAAAGUUGUGAUCCCCUUUAAACCUGCCCGUGCUAUUUUACAGGAUUUUACUGGAGUACCAGUAAUAGUUGAUCUUGCUGCUAUGAGGGAUGCCAUGAAGAAUCUUGGAAGUGAUCCUAACAAGAUUAAUCCGCAGCUUCCUGUUGAACUUGUUUUUGAUCACUCAGUCCAAGUUUGUGGUGCAAAACCAGAAAAAGAUCUGCGAAAAGGUAUGGAGCUAGAAUCUGACAGGAAUUGGGAAAGGUUUAUGUUCCUUAAGUGGGGUUCAUCAGCCUUUUACAACAUGGUGAUGGCUUCUCCAGGGUCUCAUAUUGUUCAUCAGGUAGACUUGGAGUAUCUCGGACGUGUUGUUUUUAACUCAGAGGGAUUUAUCUAUCCUGAUAGUGUUGUUGGUACAUAUUCCGACACAACAACGAUGGGUGGGUUAGGAAUCGCUGGGUGGGAGGUUGGAGGAAUUGAGGCAGAAGCAGCAAUACUUGGCCAGCCCAUCAGCGUGGUGCUACCUAGUGUGGUUGGACUUAAGUUGGUUGGAAAGUUGCGGGUUGGAGUUUCGCGUACUGAUUUGGUUCCAACUGUGAUUCAAAUGUUAAGGAAGCAUGGUGUUUUUGGCAGUUUUGUUGAGUUUUAUGGAGAGGGAAUGAGUGAACUGUCACUAGAUGAUAGAGCUAGGAUUGCAAAGAUGUCCCCUGAAUAUGGGACAACAAUGGGUUUCUUCCCUGUUGAUCAUGUUACACUGAAGUACCUGAAGUUGAAGGGAAGAAACAAUGAAACUGUGGCAAUGACUGAAUCAUACUUACGCGCAAACAAGAUGUUUGUUGACUACAAUGAGCCGCAACAAGAAAGAGCAUAUACAUCUUGUCUGCAAUUGGAUUUGGGAGAUGUUGAGCCAUGUAUUUGUGGUCCAAAAAGACCUCGCGACCGAGUUCUUUUGAAAGACAUGAAGGCUGACUGGAAGGCAUGCCUUGACAAUCCUCUCGGAUUCAAGGGAUUUGCAAUCCCGAAAGAAGAACAAGACAAAAUUGCUAAAUUUUCAUUCAUGGGACAACCUGCUGAGCUAAAACAUGGUAGUGUUCUUAUUGCGACCAUUACGAGUGGUAACACCAUGUCAAGUCCUUGUGACAUGGUUGCGGCUGCACUUGUUGCUAAAAACACUUAUGACAUGGGCUUGAAAGUAAAACCAUGGGUCAGGACAAGUCUUGCUCCUGGUUAUGGAGUUGUCAAGGAGUAUCUGCUUCAAAGUGGGCUGCAAGAGUACUUGGGCAAGCAAGGAUUCCAAAUUGUUGGCCAGGGUUACACAACAUGCAUUUGGGGCUCUGGCCAACUUGAUGAGUCAAUUGCAUCUGCUGUUUCAGAAAAUGAUAUAGUUGCGGCUGCUGUGUUAUCUAGUAGUAGAGGCUUUGAAAGUCGUGUUCAUGCGUUUGUAAAAGCAAACUAUCUUGCUUCGCCACCACUAGUUGUCGCAUACGCGCUUGCUGGGACGGUUAACAUCGACUUUGAGACAGAGCCAAUAGGAACUGGCAAAGAUGGAAAAAGUGUUUACUUAAGGGACAUAUGGGCAAGCAGUGAAGAAGUUACUCAGGCUCUUCAAAAUAGUGUGUUACAAAGCAUGUUCAAGAGCACUUACGAGACAAUAACAAAGAGAGAUUCUGUGUCACCAAGUUCUACACUCUAUUCUUGGGAUUCAAACUCGACAUACAUUCAUGAACCUCCGUAUUUCAAGAACAUGACCACGAAUCCACCUGGUCCACGUGAAGUGAAAGAUGCUUAUUGCUUACUACAUUUUGGAGACAACAUAACCACAGAUCACAUUUCCCCAGCAGGAAAUAUCCACAAAGACAGCCCUGCUGCAAAGUUUCUCGCUGACCAAUAUUCAAUGUGUCAGUCUGAUUUCAACUCGUAUGGAAGUCGUCGAGGAAACCAUGAGGUGAUGACUCGUGGCACAUUCGCCAAUAUCCGUAUUGUUAACAAGCUCUUAAAUGGAGAAGUUGGCCCCAAGACAGUUCACAUUCCCACUGGAGAGAAAAUUUGCGUUUUUGAUGCAGCAAGUAGAUACAAAACCGCUGGACAGGAUACGAUCAUACUAGCUGGUGCAGAGUAUGGAACUGGUAAGUCACGGGAUUGGGCUGCAAAAGGUCCAAAGCUUCUGGGAGUAAAAGCUAUCAUUGCCAAGAGCUUUGAUAGAAUCCACAGGAGUAACUUGGCAAGUGUGGGGAUUGUUCCUCUGUGUUUCAAGCCUGGCGAGGAUGCGGAAACUCUUGGACUGACCGGUCGUGAACGCUACACAAUCCAUCUUCCUAGCAAUGUUAGUGAGAUGAAACCGGAUCAAGUCAUAACCGUGACCUCCGACACUGCUAAAUCUUUUGUAUGCAUUUUGCGGUUAGACACAGAGGUGGAACUAGCAUACUAUGAUCAUGACGGUAUGCUUCCUUACAUCAUCCGAAGUUUGAGAAAUAAGUGA